CAUGUGUCUCCCCAAAACAAGGAGGUGAUGAUCUGGUGGUUUCUGAAUGUCGAGGUGAUUCGGGGAGGGGAGGGGCCGGUGAUGUCAGUGGAUGGCGGGGCCUCGCAUUCCCACAGUGGCACGCCAUGACUCUGGCACCCACCACUGGGAGACCAGGAGGCACCUGGGAGCCAGACCCCACGAGGGCCUUGUGCUGAUGUGGCCUGCGAGUAUGGGUUUCCCCGCCCCGUAACAGACCCACCUCUGCAGCACAGGGUACCCCCCUCCCUACCCCCAACUGGCCCAUCCACCAUUUAUAGCCCAGAACAGGGGCCGUGUAGAUGGAGCAAGGGCUCUACAGACCGGCUGGAUUCAAAUCCACGCUCUGCUCUUUCUGAGCUGGUGACCUUGGGCAAGCUACGUCACCUUUCCGUGCCUCAGUGUCCUCAUCAGAAAGGUGGAAGUCACAGUAGUGUCUACCUCCAUGGGUCCUUGUGAGGAGCAGAGUCGGUUCACGUAAGGACUUAGAACAAAGCCUGGCACGUAAGUACUCCUUCUCUCACAAGUUCGUUCACCAGGUAUUUAUUUAAGAGGCACUUGCGGAGCCUUUAUUAUGUAACAAAUUAGGGACUUUCAGACUCGUCCUACCUAAAGUUCGAGGUCACAUGUAGACCACAGGAUUCCAAUCUCCCAGAAAUUCCAGUCCUUAGAACACAAAUAUUUGCAGAACUGAAAGGACUCGAAGAUACCCUUCCUUCCACAAACAACGAAACCGAGGUCAAGAACGGGGAGGGGCUCAGCCGAGAUCUCACGAUGUUAGGAGUAAAGGCAGGAACUUGAACCCAGGUUUCUCCCCCUCCUUCCCCUCCUUCUCUCUUCAACGAUAUGAGCUCCCGCUCUGUGCUGAACGUUAGCCCAGGCAAUGCAGCGGGCAUAACAGACAAGCAUCUGUUCUCACGGAGCUGAAGUCUCGCUAGGGGCAGACACCACAGUGAAGGGGUGGUUGCAAUAGUUCGUUCAUUCAUUCAUUCAUUCAUUCAUGGGGCAAACUCCCAGGUUAUGUGACUGCACGCCGCCCUCAAUGUGUGGAACUUUCAGCCCUGAACUAAAUGCCCAGUCUGGUGGGAAUCGUGGUCCUUGUUUUCCAUACUUUUCCCAACUAGGAUGUUUUUCUCUCGGCCCAGGUGGCCCUGACACUCCACCAUGACCUCACCAGACCCAACUUCACCCAAGUGAUUGGUUCCAACGUCCCCCUACUCUGCUUGGCUGACUCCCAGCCCCCUGCCCGGUACAUACGGAGCAUCAGUGGGAUCCCCGGGCCUGAUGGCCGGACCCUCUUCAUUUCCAGUCUCUCCAGGGUCUCGGAGGUCUAUACCUGCAGGGCCUCAAACUCCAUUUCCAGCUCACACAGCAGCGUGGACGCCGACAUCACCGUCUCAGCCUCACUUUUGACCAUGUGGAGUCUGCCAGCUGCAGUCCAGCUCACCUUUGAGGCCAACCCACUUACCACCAUCCAAAGUGAGAAGGAUGUCGUUCUGUCUAUGUUUGGGACCCCCCCUCCCCGGGGACCCCAGACUCAUCGUAGAUUCAGAGUGCUGGCCAGACCCACCAUUGCAAUCAGCCAGGACACUGCCACAGAACAGAGGGAAAACCUGACCUUCUGCUGUAGCACCCAGGAUGCUGAUGUUACCAUCCACUGGGUCUUCAACGAUCUCCCCCUGGUGUUCCAUGAGCGCAUGCAGCUGUCCACAGAUGGCAAGACCCUCACCAUCCUCACUGUACAGCGGGAAGACUCUGGGACUUACAAAUGUGAAGCCCAGGCUUUCCACCAGGUCCGGAGCAGUGCUCCCACCUUCCUGACUGUGAACUAUGGUCCUGACCCCUUUGAAAUCAAGUUGGCGUCUGGCGUGUCCAGAGGGGAGGUGGUUGAAGUGAUAGAGGGCUCCACUGUGAGCUUCUCCGUGGAAACACAGUCUCAUCCUCGCCCUGCCUAUACCUGGUUUCUCCCCUAUGACUCCAUCCCACCUCCCACCAUGAGUUUGUUCGCCAUCCAAGCUGUGUCCCGGGAACAUGAAGGCACAUACAGGUGCUUGGUAUCCAACGGUGCUACCCACCUGCUUCGCCUGGGUGCUCUUACUCUGACCACAGGGAAGGUCCUGGCUCCUGAAACGCUGACCAAGCCUCACAUUGCGCCCCCAAGCCUGAAUCUCGUGGAAAAUGCCAGCUCCGUGGCCCUGACCUGCCAGACCCCCCAUGAGGGGGCUGGAGUCCUGUGGCUCCUGAGGGGCCAGGCUCUCCUGCCCAGCGAUCACCUGGUGCUGUCGGCUGACAACAGGAGCCUGGUCAUCCACGGCCUCCGGCGGGACGACACAGGACCCUAUGAGUGUGAGGUCUGGAACUGGGGCAGCCGGGCACGAAGCGAGCCCUUCAGGCUCGCCAUGAGCUACGGCCCUGACCGAGUGGACAUCACCAGCGGGUCUGCGCCCGGGGUGGUCGGCACCGUGGAGGCCGAGCUCAACUCCAGCCUGACCCUGCGGUGCCGGGCGGAGUCCCAGCCGGGCGCUGAGUUUCACUGGACCCUUGAACAGUCCACCGCUGUGCAUGCGGGGCAGGUGCUGAUCAUCCGGGCCCUGACCUGGGAGCGCCAGGGGAUCUACGGCUGCACGGCCUCCAACCCGCUGACCCAGCUGGCCCGCUCUGCCUCGGUCCGGGUCAGAGUGGUAGGCCCCCAGUCAUCCCUGUCUGCAGGAGCCAUUGGUGGCAUUGCUAUCGGGAUCCUGGCUGUCAUUGCCCUGUCCGCAGGGCUGGGCUGUUUCCUCUGCAUCAGAAAUGCCAGACGGUUCUCAAGGGAAAAAGCAGAGGACCCCAUCCAGGAGGCAGCAACACCCACCUCCGAGGAGGAGCCCCAUGCAGAGUCCUGUUCCAAUUGGCUGAGCCCCAUGUAUGCCAAUUUACCCAAACCUCAAGGACAGGUUGGAGUCAGAAAGAUGCUGCCACCAGCUCCCCCAGAGCAGUUUUAUGAGAAGGAGCCGCCAUCAGUAACCCCCGGGAACGAUUCUCAUGGCCCCAGAAAACCAUCGCCCGAAGUUACAUUGGAUCCAUUGGUCCCCACUCUACCGAAAGGAAACGCAGAAUCACACUAUGAGGUGCUUGUGAAUCCAGAACGCAACAUCUACGGCCAAAUCAACCCCUCAGUCUAAUGGAGGGAGAUUUCCCUUCUCCAGAAAUCCUACAGAAAUCACGCUCAAUCACA